AUGGCCGACAGCGCCGAUCAACCGUCCUCGCCGGGCGGGCCACUCAGUCCAAUGACUCCAGACCGCGCAAACAAGACACAGCAAGCCCGCAACCUCUUCACCUCGCCUCGCAGUAGCCCAGGUGGUCGAGACAGCUCCGUCCACGACAAGAUUUCCCAGUUUAACAACCUCGCCAUGCAGUCAAAGACUCUCGAACGCAAGACCGCCGACGCCGCCCUUAAGCGCGCCAUGCUGGGUCGCGAAGAGGCUGAGACCGAACUGCGCAGGUACAAGGACGAGUCCAAGGUCUUGAGGGUUCAGCUGGAAAAGGGGAAAGAGCGAGAGCAGCGCGUAAGCGAGCGUCUUGAGACCGUCAUGGAACAAUACGGCCGCGCAAAAGAAACGUACGCACACACAAAAGCAGCAUGGGAGAAGGAAAUCAAGCUUGCGCGCAAGAAGACAUUCAAGAACGAAUCCCAAAUCAUCAAGCUCCAAGAAGAACUAAAGGCCUCCCGCGAGGGCUGGCGCGCGGCCUCCGACAACAUCGACGCUGAGAAGUUGCGCUCCAAGGCCCGCGAGGAGGAAGCCUUCCAAGCUCGCUAUCAGAUGGUGGGCAUGGAGCAGGAGCUCGGCGAAGCUCUCGAGCGCAUCAAGAUGCUCGAGCAGGAACGCGACGUCUACAAGACCCUCGCCAAGGAAGAGGAGGUGGCCCGUAUUGCCGCCGAAGGCCGCAUCCCGCUGCCCAAGACGGUCAACGCCGCGCCCGACGACGAGUUCGCCUCACCAAAGAAGAAGGCACCGCGGUUCUCUCUUUCGACAGUGGACAUCAUCUCAUCCGCUGCCAGUGAAGGGGAAAUUGAGGAGCUCUCGCUCCAGGUCUCCUGGGAGCGCCAACGUGCGGAUCGCGCCCAGGAGCUCGUCGAGUUCCUACAGGCAGAGUGCGAAUUACGGUGCUGCCCAUGCGCCAAGUCCCACAGGAGAAGAAGCCUCAUCUCUCCGAGACAGAGUCUUGCCUCGAACAGAGCAAGCAUUUUGUCACCCAAGCGCAGACUUAUGCCGCCAGCUGAGAUUGCUGAUGCCAGUGAUCUUGUCCUUCUUCGCGGAGGUAGAGAAUCCUCCUCUGGCCGUACAUCACUGAGGGCGUCGCUGAGCCCGCCGGUCGAAGACGCGGCUUUCAAGAAGCCGGCGGCCCACAGGAGAUCCAAGGAAGAGCGGAGGAGUACAAUCUUCUGUGCCCGUGAGGGUAUUUUCAGGACUGUGUCGCAGCAAGAAGCCGACGAGCUUGAGGCCCAAGAAGAACAACGAGGAAGACGAUUGAACGAAUCGAGUGAGGAAUCCCCCAACGAACCUCCCACGCCACACGACGCUCCAGAGAGAUACUCUCGCACGCCCUCCCUCGAACCCCCAGACUUUGCUGUUCUUGCUCAAGAACGCAUGUCACUAGCUUCCCUGCUCAAUGCUCCUCACGGCGGUGCCCACGGCGAAGUUCACACUGCACCUCUUCCUUCUAUCCCCACCAUGCCCGACACCGAGGAACGCCCGGCAUCGCGAUCUUCGAAAAGUCCUUCGCCGCCACUGGACGACACCCUUCGCCCCCACACCGCCGCAGCCUUCUACACGAAGACGACGACGACAACCGUCCCCGUCCGCGACGACAAGCCUCGACCCCAGCCUAGGUUUGAGCGCGCGCGUACGCCAUCUGGCGGUGAUUGUCAGAUGUCCUUCGACAUCAACAACCCCGCCAUGACCCCGACCAUGACCCGUGAGGAGGCUCUAGCUCGUAUCCGCGAACGUCGCGGACGCGCCAAGUCGAUCGCGCAGGGCACCGCGACACCCCGCAAGAAGAUGAUUGAGGGCGCCGGCGAGCGGCGAGAUGUUAGCGCCCCCGCCGGUCAGACGGUCCCCAAGGCCAAGGCAUAG